AUGGUCCGCCAUAAGAAAGACAACUUCUCGCGCGGAGGCAAGAAGUCCUCGAACCCCCGCCCCCGACCGGUACCCCGCGGUGAUGGUGAUGAGGCUGCGCCCUCUUCGCGCCCAGCAUUCAGAGCGGCAUGCUGGGACAUGGGACACUGUGACCCGAAGCGAUGCUCUGGAAAGCGUUUGAUGAAGCUGGGACUGAUGCGAGAGCUUCAUAUUGGCCAGCGAUUCCCCGGCGUGAUCGUUUCGCCCAAUGCGAAGAAAGUGGUAUCUCCUGCCGACCGGGAACUGAUGGAACAACAUGGCGCUGCAGUGGUGGAGUGCUCCUGGGUGCGAGUCAAGGAAGUGCCUUGGUCGCGGAUCGGUGGAAAAUGCGAGCGAUUGCUCCCAUACCUUAUCGCUGCGAAUACGGUCAACUAUGGCAAGCCCUGGCGAUUGAACUGUGUUGAAGCGCUGGCAGCUUGUUUCUACAUUUGCGGACACCCGGAGUGGGCACAAGAGGUCUUGAAGAAUUUCAGAUAUGGAGAGGCAUUCUUGGAGAUCAAUUCUGAACUUCUUGAUCGAUACGCCGCUUGCCAGACGGAAGAAGAUGUGAAGCGAACCGAAGAGGAGUGGUUGGCCAAAAUUGAGCAAGAAUAUGAAGACAGCCGUGUGGAGGGAGCAGACGACAUCUGGACCGUCGGAAAUACCAAUCGACAAACUGCGAACCGAGAUUCUGGUGAUGAGCAUGACGAUGAUGACGAUGAGAGUGGAGAGGAGGGUAGUGAGGCUGAAGAAGAAAGCGAAGAGGAAGAAGACAAAGACCCGUUCGCCAUCUCAGACGAUUCCGAAGAUGAAGAACAAAUGGCCGAGAUCCGACGCAAGAUCCUUGAAUCCAAAUCAUUCAAAAACCCGUCCGCAGCAGACAAGGAUCAACCGGAGAAGAUCGCACGGCCAGAACAGCCCGUGUAUGAGGAUUCAGAUGCCGAGUCUGGCUCUGUUGGCAGCGAAGACGAGGAUUUUGAUAACAUCAUUAAUGCAACGACUGUUACGGACCGUACUGGCAUCAAGGAGAUCCAGCGACGGCGUGGCAAGGAGACUGUCAGUGCUUCAUUUUCGCGGACUGAGCUAUCUGCGCCGAAGAGAUGGUAA